GACAGCGGGAGGUGGUGGUCACUUACCCGCGAACGAGACUCGCUCAUAUAGAUAGAAAUGCGGAGCGACUUAAUGCCCACUUUAUUUAACGACCGCGAGUUCGUCGGUCGAUAUCUCGUAAGCGCGUUAUCUCGAUCCUCCGAAAUGCAGUACCCUAUUAUUCUGAUAGCCGCGACACUUUUCGCGAGUUUGGUGGUAUCGGAAACUCUCCGGAACGACGUGAUGUUUUCCAACCCGUCCGACAACGGUGCCUACGAAGCCAUUCGCCAACGCAGAGGCGUCAAUCAGCCAGCUGCCGUUCAACCGACGGUGGAAAAUAUAAAUUAUCGUCCUUUUUCGCAUGUGCCGGAAAGCAUCAAGCAACUUUUAGUUCUGCAACAGGCUCGCGAACCGAUCACUCAUAUCCCCGCUCAACCUCCGCCGCAAUUGGCGAAGACACCGACGGUCCCGAAGGCACAGUACAACGCGCAAGUUCAGUACGCCGGCCAACCCCAAACUCAAGGUCAUUCUCAGGUUGCUUAUCAACCUCAGCAAGCUCCGCAGUACCAACGAAAUCAUCAUCAGGUUCAGGGAGCGUACAAUCCUCAACAGUUGCAACAAUUCAGGGGCGCGGGAGAUGGUCAUCCUCCGAAUUCCGCCGUCAGGACUCAGCAGCAAGUUUUUCACCCUGCGCAAGGCAGACACUACUGAAAAACCCUUUUUCUCUUUGUCAAUGAUUUUCAGCGGCGAAAAUAAUUGACGAGUAAUAUUCGAGAUUACGAUGUGGAGUAAUUUCCCGGGAGACCUCGGUUCGUUUUAUUUUUUCUUGUUCUUCGGGAAUUCCCGAUACUUCGGAAAAAAAAAAUCAGUGUUCGAUUGAAUAAAAUGUGAGAAAAGAAAAA